AUGGUCGACUCUAGACCUAGCAGUACAGACGAAAAGGCCACUGUCGUCGCAGAUACCAAAACAAAGGGGUUCUUUUCCCGUCCUAAAUCUUCUCAGCUAGAUGCCGUCACCGACGAGAAGAACAAGGAGAAUGAUGUAGAUGCCGCCCCAGAGGCUGCCCCUGCUACUUCUGAUGUCCCCGCUAUCUCGUUUACUGAACUGUUCCGCUACUCCACUAAAUUCGAACUUUUCAUCGAUUUCAUCGGUAUCAUAGCUGCUGUAGCUGCAGGGGCCGCUCAGCCCCUCAUGUCGCUUCUGUUCGGAAAUCUAACACAAGAUUUCGUCAACUUUAGCCAGGUUCUUGCCGCAGCGCAGGACGGUGAUGCAGCAGCGGCUGCAAAUAUUCCUCAGGCAGCUGCUGAUUUCCGUCACUCUGCUGGCCUAAGUGCAACAUACCUGGUGUGCAUUGGUAUUGGCAUGUUCGUGUGCACCUAUGCGUACAUGUAUAUCUGGGUGUACACAGGUGAAGUUAAUGCAAAACGAAUCCGAGAACGUUACCUCAGGGCAGUACUCCGACAAGACAUCGCAUUUUUCGACAAUGUUGGAGCAGGUGAAGUCGCGACUCGAAUUCAGACGGACACCCAUUUGGUUCAACAGGGUAUUUCUGAGAAAGUAGCUCUCGUAGCUAACUUCUUGGGUGCUUUUGUCGCCGGUUUUGCUCUGGCUUAUGCCCGUAACUGGCGCUUAGCGCUGGCUAUGUCUUCUAUCUUACCUUGCAUAGCGAUCACUGGUGGUGUCAUGAACAAAUUCAUUUCAGGUUACAUGCAGCUCGCAUUGAAACACACCGCUGAAGGUGGAAGCAUUGCGGAGGAAGUUAUUUCGACUGUGCGUACUGCACAAGCCUUUGGAACACAAAGGAUCUUGGGAGGACUUUACAACAGUCGCAUUGACGAAUCCCACAAAGCUGACAUGAAAGCUUCGAUUUGGCAUGGUGGAGGAUUAGCCGUUUUCUUCUUUGUUAUCUACUCCGCGUACGGUCUGGCUUUUAGCUUUGGUACGACCCUGAUUAAUCAAGGCCAUGCUACUGCCGGCUCUGUUGUGAAUGUGUUUUUGGCAAUCUUAAUUGGGUCAUUCUCUCUUGCUCUCCUCGCUCCUGAAAUGCAAGCCAUUACCCAUGGUCGCGGUGCCGCCGCCAAGCUAUACCACACAAUUGAUCGUAUCCCCGAUAUUGAUUCAGCUAACCCCGAUGGGUUGAAGCCGGAGAAGGUUGAGGGUGAAAUUGUGCUUGAAGAUAUCAGGUUUAGCUAUCCUUCUCGCCCCAACGUUGAGGUAGUCAAAGGUCUUUCGAUUACUUUUCGCGCUGGAAAAACUGCUGCUCUUGUCGGUGCUUCCGGAUCUGGGAAGUCAACCGUUAUCUCUCUGGUGGAAAGGUUCUACGAUCCUGCGGCUGGAAAUGUCAAACUUGAUGGCGUCAAUGUUAAGGAUCUUAACUUGAAAUGGCUGCGUAACCAAAUUGGUCUUGUUUCACAAGAGCCUACUCUAUUUGCUACAACAAUUCGAGGAAAUGUUGCCCAUGGCCUCAUUGGCACCAAGUACGAGAACGCACCUGAAGAGGAGAAGGAGGCUUUGAUCAAGGAAGCCUGCAUCAAAGCGAAUGCUGAUGGAUUCAUCACCAAGUUGCCUCUCGGUUACGACACUAUGGUCGGUGAACGCGGUUUCUUGCUAUCUGGUGGACAGAAGCAACGUGUUGCCAUCGCUCGCGCCAUUGUAUCUGACCCCCGUAUUUUGCUAUUGGAUGAAGCAACAUCGGCCUUGGAUACCCAGUCAGAAGGAAUCGUACAGGAUGCUUUGGACAAAGCUUCAGCAGGUCGCACAACGAUUACUAUUGCUCACCGUCUCUCCACUAUCAAGGAUGCCGAUGUCAUCUAUGUCAUGGGUGAUGGACUUUUGCUCGAACAAGGGACCCACGAUGAGCUUUUGAAAGCCGAUGGUGCAUACGCCCGACUUGUACAAGCUCAGAAGCUCCGUGAAGGAAAGGAACACACUCCCGGAAAAGAUGCGGAAUCAGACUCAGAGUCGGAGGACAUGGAAAAGGCUGCACGUGAAGAGAUCCCUCUCGGUCGCAAAAACACUGGUACAUCCCUUGCCAGCGAAAUCCUGGAACAGAAGAGAAAAGCUGCCGAAGUGGCUGGCGGAGGAAAAGAGGGAGAUUACAAUUUGUUCUAUCUUUUCAAGAGAAUGGCGCCUAUCGUUCGCGACCAGCGUCAGGCCUACUUCUACGGUUCUAUCUGUGCCUGCCUGAGUGGCAUGGUCUACCCUGCGUUUGGUGUCGUUUAUGCCAAGGGUAUAGAAGGAUUCUCUGCACGCGAUCCCGCUCAACGCCGUUUUGAAGGAGAUAGAAAUGCGCUCUGGAUGUUCAUUAUCGCCAUUCUUUCCACAUUAGCGAUUGGUGUUCAGAAUUAUCUUUUUGCCGCUAGUGCAGCUACAUUGACCGCUCGUCUACGAACCCUCAGUUUCAAGGCCAUGUUAAGACAAGAUAUCGAGUUCUUCGAUAAGGAUGAGAAUAGCACCGGAAGUUUGGUUUCUCAACUCAGUGACAACCCGCAAAAAGUCAACGGUCUCGCUGGCAUCACUUUGGGUGCAAUCGUUCAGAGCAUCGCAACCCUUAUCGCUGGAUCCGUUCUCGGACUUGUCUUCAUCUGGAAGGUCGCCCUUGUCGGGAUUGCUUGCACUCCUCUCCUCAUCUCCACCGGUUACAUUCGUCUGCGUGUCGUCGUCUUGAAAGAUCAGGCUAACAAAAAAGCGCAUGAAGACUCCGCUCAGUUGGCCUGUGAAGCUGCUGGAUCCAUCCGCACAGUUGCUGCGCUAACGCGAGAAGAUGACUGUCUCGAAUUGUACAGCAAAAGUCUGGAAGAACCUCUGCGCAAAUCGAACAAGACUGCUAUUUGGAGUAAUGCCUUGUAUUCGUUCUCCCAAUCCCUUGUGUUCUUCGUCAUCGCCCUCAUCUUCUGGUAUGGAGCUACCCUCGUAUCCAGACUCGAAGCUACUACUUUCGAGUUCUUUGUCGGACUUAUGAGCACGACCUUUGGAGCUAUUCAGGCUGGAAAUGUCUUUUCAUUCGUGCCCGAUAUUUCAUCUGCGCAAGGAGCUGGCUCAGACAUCAUCAAGUUGUUGGACUCUAUGCCUGAAAUUGACGCCGAUUCUACUGAGGGUAAGACCAUCGACGCGAAGGCUGUUCGUGGUCAUAUCCGAUUUGAGAACAUUCACUUCCGAUACCCUACUCGACCUGGCGUCCGCGUGUUGCGCGACCUUUCACUCGAGGUUGAACCCGGUACAUACAUCGCCUUAGUUGGAGCCAGUGGUUCGGGCAAGAGUACGACUAUUCAAUUGAUCGAACGUUUCUAUGAUCCUUUGCAUGGCGCGGUUUAUCUCGACGGCGAACGUAUCACCGAUCUUAAUAUUCAGGAGUAUCGCAAGCAUCUGGCGCUGGUUUCACAGGAGCCCACACUUUAUGCCGGAACUGUCCGAUUCAAUAUUCUCCUUGGUGCCAUAAAACCACACGACCAAAUUACUCAGGAGGAAAUCGAAGAUGUUUGCCGGGAUGCCAACAUCUUGGAUUUCAUUCAAGGACUGCCUCAGGGCUUCGACACCGAAGUCGGUGGAAAGGGAUCUCAAUUGUCCGGUGGUCAGAAGCAGCGUAUCGCUAUUGCCCGUGCUCUGCUGCGCAAUCCUAAAGUGCUCUUGUUGGACGAGGCUACGUCUGCCCUCGACUCCAACUCAGAGAAGGUAGUCCAAGCAGCUUUGGACCAAGCAGCUAAGGGCAGGACAACGAUCGCGAUUGCCCAUCGGUUGUCGACUAUCCAGAACGCAGACAGAAUCUACUUCAUCAAGGAGGGACGAGUGAGCGAGUCUGGGACCCACGAUCAACUACUAGCACAACGAGGCGAUUACUACGAAUUCGUGCAACUACAGGCCCUAAGCAAACGAGAAUAG